AUGGACCGCCGAUCAUUACCGAACGAGCUCAUCGAAGCGAUUCUCAGGCAAGUUGACAUGCAAACCGUUCUCCUCGCCCAACGAGUCUGCCGACAAUGGGCCCUAUGCAUCCGAGGAUCUUUCCUGAUCCAACAAAUUCUAUUCUUCCAACCAGCACCAGCCAACACGACACGCCAACAAAACCCCCUGCUAGCAUCCAAAUUUCCAUACUGGUUUCCCGCCGAUGACGCUGAGUCAUGUGCCAUCGCCUUUGGCGCCGGCGACAUGCAGGAUUUUCUAGAGAGCAGCGAAAAAUAUCGGCGACCGGAGGCGAGCUGGCGCCGAAUGCUUGUUCAGCAACCACCUAUCAUGGCGCUUGGAUGGGUGGAGCGUAGCGUGUCGCCAUCCGAAGUGACAGACCUACAUCGCUGGGAGAUUCCACUACAAGCACUUGGUGGGUUACAAAUGAACAUGCUGUAUGAUCUGGUCGUGAAUACUUCCGAGGUUGCGCCGGAAUACUUCUAUUUCAGAGUCCUUUGGUCGCAAAGUAAAACUUUGAGCAGUAGCUUUACUAGCCUCCGCUCAGAUCCAUGUCCGCCGUCUUUCAGUUCGGACAGGAUCAAUAGGUCACUCAGGAAUGCAAUGGAGGGUGCGGAUGUGGUUCUCGAUAUGUGGUAUACAAGUCUAAUGACAAAUCAAGAAUGGUCGAAAGAUACGUGGACAUGGAAGCUUGUACGGGGGCUGAAGCUUGCACGGGGGCUGAAGCUUGAUAUUGAUCUGAUACGCUACAUGAGAGAGCUGAAGGAGGUCAAGAGCUGGACUUUGGCGGAAGAGUUGGGUGACAUCGCUAGAGAAACAGGACCUGCCGACCACGGUAUGCCUCUUCCUGAUGACGACGACUCGGACCUGUAA